UCCCUGGGUAGCCAGAUGAGGACCAGUCUGAAAACAAAGGGAUACCUGGGAAAGAUCCACUUCCUUUAUCUCAAUGUGGCUCCCAACAGGCACUUUAGGCCCUAUGACUUGAUGGUGGUGCCACCCAACAAGGUGAAUCCUGAGCACUACAUCUUCUCUCCCUUUGGAAUCUUGCAUGUACAUCCUGUGGAAGGUAGUGAGACGAUGACGCUGGGUACCUGGCACCGCCACUCUGUUCUCUGGCAGCAGCUCCAGUUCAUUCCGUUCUUUAAGUAUUGCCUCUUACGCAAGUCCUUGACCUGUUGGAAGAAGAACGUGAAGUUGUGUGAAUUACAUCAGCUCCGGACUUUCCUAGGAAAUCAUCUGCUCUUUGCUGUGCCCCACUUUGGAGCUGGGCUACUCCACAUUAGCAGGCUUCUGCAGGAGCUACACUCUGUGUCCUGGCUACCUCAGGAACAGGAUCAGUGCUAUGAGCUGCUGGACCUGCAGAAGGCUCUAGUUAAGGAGAGGCACAAGGGUCUACGGCUGCUCCAUCGCUGCCUGAACUUCUGCACAUCCAUUCUUCAACUGAUUCACGAGGACACAUACCAAAUGCAGCAGGGCCUGCAGGAGCGAGUGCAAAACUGCAACAGGAUUAGGGUAGGCCAAGGCUCCAUCUACCUUCAGAGGGUACAGCGUCAGCAGCUAAAGAAGAAGCUAGAGCAAGUAGAAGCCUGGUUGCUGCAGCUGGGAAAGUUUGCUCGCCUAGUCAACUACAUGAUUUGUCAGAGCCUUGUUUCUAUCUUGGAAAAGAAGAUUACCUCUUUUGUGGCCGACAUCCUGCAAGCCCCGAGGCAGAAACCCUUCCUCUCAUCACAGCUGAUCUUCGAUGAUUAUGGCCAGCUAUCGCAUGACCCCUGUAUUGAAAAUAUGACCCAGAUUCUAACAAGAGGCCUACAGUCUAUCAAGACCUCUGCCCUGCAGAUUAUACAGUCUACAGAUCAGAAGGCCUCCUGGAAUUAUCUGUAUUCUGAAGAAGAAGAUGAAGAGGAGGACUUGAACACAGAGUUCCUGAUACCCAAGUUCCAGGGCCAGCCCAGCUACGCCGUGCGUCUCUUCUGUGGUCCAAGUAUAGGAUUUGUGUGGCCCUGGAAGUCUCAGCCAAUUACUGGUGCCCUGGAAGUCCGUGGGUACCGGCUGCGGGGCCAGUUCUUGCCCACCAAUUAUGAGCAGCUUCAGAAAGACCUGGACAACAACCUUCAAAUCCAGCAGGCACUGACUAUGCAACAGGUGCUGAUGAAGGGUGUCCUACAGGAGGUGCAGGAAUUCUACAAGAAACAUGACUGGAUAGUAACCAUUUAUAAAUUCCUGCUAUCCUGGGGGCCUCAGAAGUUGGAAGAAAUAAGAAACAGUCCUAUCAAGGAGUAUGUAAAGCUGGUGAACAACUUGCAUGAUUGGCAGGAGCGUGUCUCCAAUAUGCCUGUUAAGUUUCUCACGAAAGGCAAGUUGCUGCUGCUGAGCUGCCAAAAUGUACAGGCAGAGAUGGAAUCCAAGCUGAACAGCGUGAUGAAGGACAUUCUCGAACAGCUACAGAGCGAGUGCUGGAGUCGCACUCAGAAACUCAUAACAGAGCUAACAGCUUACAUGCAGGCCUUCCAAACCAUCAACUCAGACAUGCAUGCCAUCGCACAGUGCUCUCAGAAGUUGAAUGAGGCCAAUGAACAGUAUGGGGAGCUGGAGGAGCAAAUGGAAUACAUACGGUCACUCCAAGAACUCAUCCGUAGCCACUUCAACCUCGUUAGUGCUGAGUUGGAUGCACUGGACAUUUCGGUGAGAGGGCAAUUCAGUGAGUCACCCAUCUCUCCCAGUCCCCCCCCACAACCACAUCUGCUCCAUUACCCUUUGCUUGCCCCACAGCUUCUGGAUGUGUGGGAGGCAUUUCAGUUUGAGAAAAGCCAGGCCUCAGAGUUCCUACUUAGCAAGCAACAUUCCAUCGUACCCAAGCUGCAGCAGCUGAUAGCAGCAGCGUUGGCAGACCUGGAAGAACUGAUUGAGAAAGCCCUGUCUGGUCCCUUCAUGGACCCCACACAAGAUCAGAGAAGCACUGAGCGCCAGCUCAUCGCCCUGGAGCGUCAGUUCCAGAACACAGUCAUCCACGUCAGUGAACUGCAUCAUGCCUAUGCCACCUUCACUGGAGAUGAGAAGCCUGUGCCCUUUCCUGUCUGUGGGACCCGUCCUAUCGUGCAGCAGCAGCGCAUCUGGCACCUGUACCGAGUUAUCUCUGAAAACAUCAGCGAGUGGAAGUGCAUGGCUUUUGCCAAGUUCAGCCUGUCUAUGGCCCAGGCGAAAACAGAAGGCUGGCUGACGGAGGCAGCGCGGAUGAGUACCUCCCUGGGCCUGCACAGCCCGGUGCUGCAGCGCUGCAUACGCAUACUGGAGGAGUUCCGCAGCUGCCUGCCCUUGCUCACCAAGCUGGGCAGCCUGCAGCUGCAGAACGUCAACUGCCAAUCCCUUCUGCUAGCCUUAGGACUGGGCAGUCUCCACAAUAUAGAACUCCUAACACUAGGCCAGCUGCUCGCUUGUCCACUGCUGGAGUUCGCAGAUCGAAUCAACCAGGUCUGGCACUCGGAAAACGAGCGAAUUCAUGCCCAGGAUACCCUGAGGAAGCUACAGAGGCACUGGGAAGUGCGCCAGCUGCGCCUGCUCAACUUUAUCCUGCAUGUCCCCUAUGAGCCUCAAGCCCCAGAGCGUUCCAAAAGGCAUAUGGUCCGCUUCCUUGGGGAAGUAGUGGGCAAGGAUAGUGGCACCUUCAUCCUCUCAGACUACAAUAGCCUGCAGGAUUCCAUCCAGGAAAGUCUUCAGGUGUUGUUCAAGAUUGUGGCCAUCCAAAAGUCAGGAGACUUAUACAAAACAGCUUUGGACUGGGUGACCAUCAUGCAUGGCCUGGAUGCUGUGCUGGAGGUAUGGGUGACUUUCCAGCAGAAGUGGAUUUUUCUGAAUAAAGUUCUACACGAGAUGAAGAUCCAGUUUCCUAGUGCUGACCUGAAUGCUCGUUUCACAGCCAUGGAUGAUCAGUAUCGAACCCUGAUGCGCAUCUCUGUAGCUGACCCCAUGGUUCUGUCACUUGUAGUGCCCAAUGCCCAGAGGAGCCCUUACUUUCAAGGCCAGCAGCUGCAACAACUGCUGCAGGCAGGAUCAGUGGAGCUGGAGGGCAUUAUCAUGGCUCUGGAGAGUGUGCUGUAUGGGGUGUGUGCUCACUUCCCCCGCCUCUUCUUCCUCAGUGACAGUGAGCUGGUAGCCCUGUUGGCUGCUGCACCAGAGUCAUAUCAGGCCCAGCUAUGGGUACGACGUUGCUUUCCCCAUGUACAUGCUGUGACCUUCAAGUCCUGCCCUGUUGAUGAGAAAGACAUAGACGAGUCAAGCCCAAGCAAACAGACUCAGGUGGAGGCACUUGCAGUGCUAGGGGUGGGUGGGGAGGAGAUAAAGCUGCAGGAGCCCCUUCCUCUGUACCCAGAUUUCCCUAAGUGGCUGGGCUCUCUUGAGAAGAGUCUGUGCUUGGCAUUGGUGCAAAUGCUGCAGAACUGUGUGGCUGCCCGCCUUGGCCAGGGGCCAUUCCUGAUUGAAGCUGUCAGGCAGUUUCCCCAGAAAAGCCAAGUGGCCCUGCAACUGUAUGUCUACCACUGGCUAGAUUUAGUCAAAGCCUUCCCAUGGCAGUGUGUGCUGGUGGCAGAGGAGGUGGUGUGGCGGGCUGAGAUGGAGGAGGUUCUACUUAAGGGAGGGAGCCCAGCCAUGGUACCCAGGCAUACGCAUAAGCUCGAGGCACUGGUGUACUCUCUGCGGGCCCAGAGGGUCUCCCAGGGUGGACAGCCCCUUUCCUCUGUCCGCCAGGCCAGCCUGCUCAGUGCUCUGCUGGUCAUGGCAACGACUCACCGGGAUAUAGCACAGUUGCUUGAACAGCACCAGGUCAGUGAUCUGAAAGACUUCCACUGGGUUCGCCAACUCAAGUAUCACCUGGGUUCACCUCACAUGAUCCCCCAAAGUCCCCUGCAGAGUCUCAAGACUAUUGCAUCUACUGAUCCUUCUCUGUCCCCAGCUGCAUGCUGGGUAGAUGUGCUGGGCCGGUCCUUCCUAUACAAUUAUGAGUACUUGGGUCCCAGACUAGGAACUUUACCCAAUCUGCUGCCUGAGCGACCUGCCCUGGUGCUGUUAUUGGCCCUGGAGGAGGUGGCCUGUGGGACCCUACUGGGCCCUCGUGGUGUGGGCAAGACAGCUAUAGUGAAUAACCUGGCAUGGGCCCUGGGCCGCCAACUGGUGACGAUGCCCUGCUCGCCUCAGCUACAGGCCCAAUGCCUGAGCAACUACCUGAAUGGUGCCCUGCAGUGUGGUGCCUGGCUGCUGUUGGAGGCAGCUCAGCAGCUGCCCUCUGGUUUGCUGUCUGCUUUGGGCCAGCGCCUUGCUGAAUUGCACUACCUAUAUGCCCCGCUGUACCAGGAAGCUUCCCAGACCACUAGCACUGUAGACCCCACACAGCCCCAGAUCCUUGGCAGUGGCUUCUUUGAGAAACAUCAGGUGUCCAUGCGCCUUGGCUAUGGCUGCCUCCUGACACUGAGUUCCCUGAGCCCUGCUGUGCCUGCCAAUUUACACUUGUUACUGCGGCCUGUGGCAUUGGCACUGCCUGAUCUACAGCGAGUGGCAGAGCUGACCCUUCUGGGCGCAGGGAUUAGGGAUGCCUCCCGCAUGGCUACACGCCUAUCCAAAUUCUUCUUCCUAGAGCAUGAGCUGUUGUCUAGGCCCCUGCCCUGCCGCUUACCAAUGCUCAAGCAGAUACUAGAAGAUACAAUACAGACAUUAAAUGAGACAAACAGGGAACCCAAGCCUCAGCAGCCCCGCAGCCAGGCUGCCAUUGAGGAGGCUGCCCUACUGCAUGCCCUGCUACGCUCACCACUGUUCAGUGUCCUCAGUGGACUCCACCUGCACAACCUCCGAGAGCUGCUCUGUGGGCUUUUUCCUAGUGCCAGUCAAGUGCUGGAAGAGCCUAUGACCCAGAGGCUGCUGAAACCAGUGAUGGUGGAGGAACUGAGGCAGGUAGGCCUGCAUCCCAGCCCUGAAAUUUUGGGGGCCCUGGAACAGUUGAGCCAGGCCCUAUGCCGGGCCUCAGGCGUUCUGCUACUGGGCCCUGCAGGCAGCGGCAAGACAACUUGUUGGCACAGCUUAUUUAAGAUCCACAAUCGACUGGCAGCCAUGGAGGAUGCCUCAACUCAAGGCUGCCAGCCUGUAGAAAUUACCCACCUGUACCCCACUGCCCUCAGCCCUCAGGAGUUCCUGGGAUGGCUAGAGGGCCCCUGCUGGCACCAUGGUGUCUUCCCCAGGGUUCUUCGUACAUCCAGUCAUUGUAACAAUGAGGACCCAAAACAGCAGACAGAGAAAUCAGUGGUGAUUCACCACUGGAUAAUAUGUGACGGGGCCACCAAUGCUGCUUGGCUGGACUCCGUUACUUGCCUCCUGAGUGAUCUUCCCCAGCUUAGUCUUCCCAAUGGACAGCAGAUAGCACGACCCCCAGGUACCUUUCUCUUGAUGGAGGUGGCAGAUGCCACAGGCAUGUCUCCCACAGUAGUGGGCUGUUGUGCCCUAGUCUGGUGUGGAGGGGAGCAGACUUGGCAGAACAUGCUUAAUGUCCUGAUGGCAUCCCUGCGCCAUGAGUACCGCCUGCAGCAUGAGACAGUCACUGAGCUCAAUCUCCUGGCUGAAGUUCUCGUGCCUGCAACAUUCCGAUUCCUUGCCCGCGAGAGUGCCAGCUCUGUGCUACAGGUACAUGGGUAUCAGGCUGUUUGCCUAGGUGUGGCAGAAGUAACCAGCCUUGCCCGCAUCUUGCGUGGUCUGCUUGAUCCCCACCUGCGUCUAGAGGAGGAGAAGGCACAUGGCCCAGAGGACUUCAGUUUUAAUGAUCCUGUGGCCCAAAGUGUUAAAUCUUCAAAAAGCAGCUCUCUGAACCAGUCCCAGAUUGAAAGUGAUGACACAGCAAAUAAGCGCAGGGACCACUUGCUGGUUAUCAGCAGUUUUCUCUUUUCCCUGAUCUGGAGCUUCGGAGCCCAUCUUCCCUCCAGGCUCUGGCCCCUCUUUGAUACCUUCAUGAGGAGUUCUAUUACUUUUCUCUCCAACUACCCUGAGCCACCAUCCUCAGCCUUGGUGUUUGAUCUACAUGUAAACCCUGAAGAUGGGACACUUGUCGCUUUCACUGAACAAUACCUGAGCAACCAUGUCAAAGGGCCUAUGGGCAUAUUCUACCCUUCUAUUCAGACUGAACGACUCUUACAUGUGGUGGACCUGCUUCUGUCAGGGGGACAGCCAGUGCUGCUGGUUGGAGAGGCAGCAACAGGGAAGUCAGCCUUCGUGGAGGUGCUAGUGGAGCCAAGUCACCCUUACAUACACAGCUCCAUCCACCCUGCCUUUAGCUCCACCCACCUCCGUCUCCUGCUGAGCAGAGGGGUCCAGGGCCAAGAUGAAGACAGCCUGUUAACUGGGCAUCACCAGGAUUCUAAAGGCUCUCUUCUCUUCCUGCUAGAAGAUCUGCACCUGGCCUCUUCUGACCCAGAGAAGAGCUGCCAGCCAGUGUUGGAGACUCUGCGCCAGGCCAUCGAUGGCACCGUGUAUGCUCACAGCACCUUGGAACUGCAGACGCUGCAGCCUAAAGUCAACUUCCUUGCCACUGCCACAGUGCCAGGCUACUGUGAGCAUUCACUGUGCCCACGCCUCUUUCGACUCUUCACAGUGCUAGUUCUGGAAAGUGUGACCCAGGCCACCUUGCUGAGCAGGCAUGUGCCUAGUACUCAGGCCUGGCUUGAGCGCUUCCAUUCUGUGGAGCGGGAGAAUGUUCUGGCAAGAGCCCUGGUCCAGGCUUCAGUGGAGGCCUGGGAGGCUGUGUCCAACUGCUUCAUGCCUUCACCCCUCUGCCCACACUAUCGCUACUCCAUGCACUCGGUGAGCCACCUCCUGGGCAGCCUGCAGCUGCUGCCUUCCCGAGUAGGUGCCCGAGGUUUUGUGGACUGUCCCAAUCACCAGGAGCACCUGCGCCGGGUGUCAGGCUUACGUGGCACUCGUCUGGCCAUUAUGGUGGCCAUGCGCAACAUGGUGCGUCUUUGGUUGCAUGAGGCACAGAGAACAUUUUGUGACCGGCUGAACAGCCCUAGGGAACGCUCCUAUUGUGCCAAGCUGCUCCUGGAAGUAGCUCAGACUGUCUUCUGCUGUGAACCAAAGUCCCAACAUGUGGGCAAGGAGCUUGAGGAGGAGGAGGAGGAGGAAAGGGUGCCUGAAGUGGAAUCCGAAGGGGAGCUUGCCCAGUGGGAGGACUUAAGCAAUAGUGACAGUGACACAGAGGAGGAAAGUCUACACCCCCGUGAUCGAAGUCUAGCAUCAUCCAUAAGUUCAGUAAGCAAGGAAUCCUUAGAAAGCAUCAGUUACAAGGUAAGUCAGGAGGAAGGCACAAGGGCUUACAAUGAUCAACUCCAGGAAAAGAACUGGUGUCAGAAGGCAACCCAAGUGGAUCAGGUCACACCCCUGUUGCUCCCAGUGCUACUACUCCGUCCCCAGGAAAAGCCCUCAGACUUGAUCUUCAGUCAGGAUCUGAUACUGGGCUGUAACUCUGACAGCCCCAACUUGUACAUGGAACGACAGUGGGAGAACCUGGAGGAGCAGCUGGCCACCUCUGCUGCUCAGCUGAGGCUGAGCCCCCACCUUGCCCGGUGCCACUCUAUGGCCCAGCACGUGGCCCGCCUGGUCCGGGUGCUGUCCAGGCCCCGACAGCAUGGCCUACUGCUCUCAGGCAAUCUGGGUACUGGGCGCCAUACUGCACUCAUUCUGGCUUCUGGCAUUUGUCAGGCCCGCCUCUUCCUUCUGCCAGCUAGGUCAGAGAAAGACAUUCUUCAGUGCCUACGAGAUGCGAGCUGGCAUACUGGUGUACUAAACCAACCAGCAGCCCUGCUGGUGCCUCAGGAUGUAGAUCUUACUACCCUUCAACAGCUGCUGGCUCUGGCAACUUCAGGCAGUUUCCCUGACCAGUACACAGAGGUAGAUUUGGAGAACAUUGAAGAACACCUCCCCAGGGAGCACAUUAGUGCCAAACAGAACACCAGGAGGGAAUCAGUGUUUCAGAGGUUCUACCAGCAAGUGUGUGGCCACCUGCACAUGUUCUUCCUGAUUGGAGAUGAACAGGCCCGCAAGAAGCUGCCCCCGACCCUUUUCCUGAGGCUCCUUCAACUGGCCACUGCCAGCAUUGACCGCUAUGAACCCUGGGACCAAACUUCUUUGGUUAAAGUGGCUCAGCAUCACCUGGAGGGUGCUCAGAGGCUACCCCUUGAUGACGAUUCCUGGAAGUUCCCAGAUCUCCAGGCCUCAGUUUCCAGCGUGGCCAAAGCCAUGGCUCUUAUCCACCUUUUGGCUGCCUCCUACCAUGAGCACCUUUGCCCUGCAUUGCCACUUGCCACCCCCAAGACCUUCCUAGAGCUUAUGAACACCUUCCUGCUGCUGCAACAACAGAUGAUCCUGCAGAUGAAGAAUAAGUCCCAGCGGAUCCAGAAUGCCAUGGAGAAUCUGGGAAAGCUGAUUGAGAAGCACAAUGCCCAUGCCAACAUGGUCUCUACUUGGGAACAGAAACUGGUUAACUCCCUCAAGAGCCUCAACACAUAUCAGCAGCAACUAGAGGAAAGCAGGCUCCAGUACAAGCGGCAGCUGUCAGAGUGUCGGCAUCAGGAGAACCUCAUUGAGAGCCUGGCCAGACAGCGGGACGCCCUGAAAGGUCAACAUGAAGCUUUUCUGGAAGAGAUGGGCAAAGCAUUUAUGGGGCCUCUGAGCCAGCUGCAAGUAGCUGACUUUGAAGAGAUACGGAGCUAUCGAGCGCCACCAGAAUCUGUGGUCCGGGUGACCAAUGCAUUGUGUGACUUGUUCCACCAUGAAACAGGCUGGGCCAGUGCCAAGCAGCUGUUAUGCACUGAGGAUUUUUAUCAGGAGCUGGUGUUCUUCCCAAAGGAGAAGAUGACAGACUCAGAGCUGAUAAAGUUGCACCAAGCUCUGAAGGGUCCGGGGAUGAGUGAUGCAGCCCUGAAGGCAGUAAGCGUGUCUGCAGCAAACCUGGCGGCCUGGCUCUGGGCAGUUCUGCGCUAUGGGCUGGCACAGCGCCGGGGGCUCCCCACUGGCCUGCUAGUGCAGCAAGUGGAGUCAACACUGUCUCGGGAGCAGGCUCGCCUAGGCUACUACCAGUUUCAGGCCCAGGAGAUCCUGGAGCAUAAUUUGGCCCUGGUUAAGAAGGUGGAGGAUGCCCAAGCUUCUUACAACUCUGUGUUGCACAGCCUCAGUUUGUCACAGAGCAUUCAGUAUCCCAAAUGGCCUAUAAAGGCUGCACUGCUCACGCCCAUGCACUCCUGGACUACAGAGCUGCAGAGGUUGAAAGGGCGCUGCAUCACUGUGUUUGGAGAUGCCCUCCUAUGUUCGGCUGCCAUCACCUACCUGGGGCCCUUCCCGCCACAGCGGCGCCAAGAGCUCCUGGACAAGUGGCUGGCUGUGUGUAGGGGCUUCCAGGAGGCCUCAGGCCCAGAUGAUGUGGCACAGGCCCUGAAGCAAAAGCAAAAACCCGUCAACAUGCCACCAAAGAAGCCCCUGCUGCCCACAUGCUCACCCUUCAAUAUUCUGUCCUUGAUGAGCUCUGUGUCCGAACAGCACCAGUGGGACCAAGAUCAGAAGCCCCAAGCAAAGUCGGCCCGCCUGGCAGGUGUGCUUCUGAGAAGUGCCUUGCAUUACACUAGUUUCAGCUGGCUUCUGCUGCUUGACCCCAGCAACCAGGCCCUCGGCUGGUUGAACCCACUGCUUCUGGAAGAGAACAGAUCCUUGAUGUCAGUGGGUAGAGGGAAGGGUGUCAUGAGAAAUCAAAACAGAAAGAGUAAAGAGGAGGACUCCAAAGAGGAAGAUAAUUCUAGUGAAUGCAGUAAUGAGGCUGAGGACCACACAAAACAGCAGGAGGCAGAAGAAAGGGAAAAUGAGGAGGAGGAAGAGGAAGAGGAAGACGAGGAAGAUGAGGAAGAUGAGGAGGAAGAAGAGGAAGAUGAGGAGGAACAAGAGGAAGAGAAGGAGGAGACGGAGAGCCAGGAGACACAGUCAACCUCUGAGACUCAGACUUCAUCUCUUCCCUGCCUUAGAGUGCUCUCAGGUGCUGACCCAGAGCUGGGUCCUCAGCUCUGGGAAGCAGCGACUAGUGGCCUGCCUGUGCUACUAACCAACAUGGAGCUGGGCCUCGGGUGCCAAGAACUGCAAUGGUUACUGCAACGGGAGCUGCUGAGUCCACCUCGGGUGCAGCCUGGCUUCUGUCUCUAUCUGAGCACCACCCUACCCCUCCAUGCCCUGGAAAAAGUGCUAGGUUGUGAACUGCUGAAGAGGCUGAAUGUGCUGGAUCUGGGCCUGAACAUGGAAAUACUAGAAGAACAGAUGCUGCACAAAAUCUUGAGCAAAGAGCGUCCUGAGCUCAAGACCCGCUGGGAGGACUUAAAGAUCAGAGCCCUGGAUACUUGCAAAGCUGUGGAGAUUGCUGAGGAGCAGAUGCUGAUAAGGCUGCUGCCCCAGAACCUGAAAGGUCAGAAACCAGCAAAGUUUCUGCGGAACAUGGUGAGGUCCCAGGCAGAGAUAUGUCAGUUGCGUGCCCAAUGGGAAGAGUUAGAAGGGCAGAAGCUACAGGAGAUGGUAUUAUGGGCACCUUAUCAGCGUGUGGUUUGGCAUGGAAUGGCCAUUGUAAAGGCCCUAAGCCCACUGCAGAAUAUUCUGCCACUUUUCCGUAUGAGCCCAGAAAACUGGCUAGCAGCCACUAAGAAGGCGCUGGACAGCGUGAAGCCAUGUGAGAUUAAUCAUGGGGAGGACCUUGCCAGCCAUCUGUUGCAACUGAGAACACACCUGACUCGCCAACUACUGGGCUGCACCGUGGCUGCACUGGGCCUGACUCAAGUACCCCUGGUGGGUGCCUUGGGUGCUUUGGCUGUGCUGCAAGUGACAAGGAAGGCAUCAGAGCUGGAGAGGCUAGCACUCUCCCCUGGACUGACAGCCUCUCCCAGCACAAGUCAUACCAAGCCAGGUCCCAGUGUGGCUCGACCUACCUGGAUAGGGCCAAAAGCCUGGUAUGAAUGUCGGGUGUUAGAGCUGCUUCCCCCAUUUGUGGGACUGUGCUCAUCUCUGGCAGGCCACUCCAGUGUUUGGCAGGCUUAUCUGUCAUUGUCAUCUACAGUGCUGGGUCCUGCACCUGGGCCUGGUUCUGAGCCACUCAGCCUCCUCCAGAAGCUGAUACUGUGGCGUGUGCUACGACCUGAGCGCCUGGCAAGUGCCCUGGCAGACUUCACCACCAGCCUCCUGGGCCGGCCCCUGGAUGAAAAUCUUAGUGCUCCCACCAUGCCCUUUCAACAUAGUCAGGCCACUCAGCCCAUGCUGAUCUUGUUGCCACCACAUGGUCACCCCACAGCUGCUGUGCAUCCCCUGACUGUCAUCCAGAAACUGGCUGCCAACCAUGAGCAGGGGCAGAAGCAUCUGCAGGUGAUAGCCCUGGGCUCUGAAGCCUGGGAUCCGAUCUCAGUCGUGGUCAGCACUCUAUGCCAGGCCAUGGGCAAGGGGUACUGGCUGGUGCUGGAUAACUGUCAUCUGAUGCCCCAUUGGCCAAAAGAGCUGCUACAGCCCUUGCUGGGACUCUUGGAUGGAGCCAAGGUGGUCUCAGACACAGAAUUGGAACUGUUGUUAACUGAAGCUGAAAGCAGGAAUGUGGCCACAGUCCACAGAGAUUUUCGUCUUUGGCUUAUCACAUCUGCAGAGUCUAGUGCUUCCUUGCCAGCUGUUUUGACUCAGCACUCCAUGCCUGUUUUCUGGAACCAGUCCCUAGAGCUGAACCACGUUUUGAUUGACAGUGUGGACCUAGCCCAGCAAGGACUCUGCACGCAACCCCCCACCCAGACCCUGCCUUUGCUCCUCCUGCAUGGCCUCCUGCUACACCGGCAACUUUAUGGAAUGAGGUUGCAGGCACACAGGGGACGCUGGAAUCAAGGGACGCUAACCCAGGUCCUUCAGAACCAAGGUCAGCUGUGGGCUAGUCUCAACAAUCCCAGUGUUGCCAUGCAGGAGCUGGCUGCUUCAGUUUUCUAUGGAGGUCCUGUGGGGGACACUGAAGACAGGAAGACCCUGGUUAGCCUUACACAAGCUUGCCUGAACCCCAGCAACAGGGGUGGGGUCCAACCACACACCCCCCAGUAUCUGCUGGCCAUGCUGAUGCCCAGCCCAGAGCUAGGGGAGCUGGAUGCAAUGGCAGAAUGCAAGGCCCAGAUGCAACUAACGCCCACACUAUCUGAUCCCCGUAUCUGCGGACUGAGUGAAAGUUCCCAGGCUUGGCUGUUGCGACGCCAGAGUCGCGCUCUCUGGAGAGCUCUACAGCUAAGUUCACCAACAUGGGUUCCCGUGGCUCAAGGACGUGCCAGAUGCAGGGAAAGGCGACUACAGCAACGUCUACUGCAAGCGAAGCGGAAGCUGGAGUCACUGCAGGUACUGUUGACCAAUGCUGCUCAACAUGAGUUUAGUGCCCCUUGGGCAGUGCUGGGCCCGAAUGCACAGCGACCUCUCGAGGGCUUCCUGGAAGUCGAGGUGCUGGAAUUGAGCCAGUUGGCGGAUAUGGUACACCGCGACCUCGACUGCCUUUUGCAGCAGCUGAAGGGGGCACCCCCUUGCGCCUCCCAGCGCUGUGCCGCCGUGGCUCACGCUCUCUGGACUGGGCGGCUACCCCAGCCAUGGCAAUCUCAUGCGCCCGCCGGUCAGCAGCCGCCCUGGCACUGGCUGCGACAGCUGUCGCGUCGUGGGCUGCUGCUGGUUCGCUACCUGGGCACGGGCAGGGACACCUCUGUAGCAGAACGCAUCUUCCACCUAUCAGCUUUUGGCCACCCCAGGCGCCUGCUGCUGGCGCUGCGCUGGGAGGCUGCCCUUAACCAGAAUGUGUCCAGCUCGAUCCGUAGCCAAGGCGUGGGCUCCAGUCAGUUCUUGCAUAAACGUCAGGAGUUGAAUAGCAGCCCUCUGCACCUCCAGGUGGAGAAUGGUCCAAAUCCUGCCGUUCCAGAGAUGGGGCUGCUGCUAAUCGGGCUACAGCUCCUAAAUGCCGAGUGGGACCCCAUAGCUGGGGCUUUACAGGACAGUCCUUCCAGCCAGUCCAGCCCUCUGCCUCCAGUCAGCGUUAGCACAAAGGCCCCAGACGCCAGAGACCUUCCAUCCCCAGCCGGCCUGAGUAUGUACUCCUGUCCUGUGUACAUGGCUGGGCCCCUUGGCACCACAAAGCUGCAGAGCAGGAACAUCCUGAUGCACCUGCCCCUACCCACAAAGCUCAGCCUAGCCACCUGUGUCCAACGGAGAGUCCACGUGUGCAGCCCACCCCUGCCCUGAGCCCUCUACUAAAAUAAAGCUGCAGUGUUUCC